AUGAAAAGGUUAUAUUUCAUAUGUGGACUAUACUUCCUUAUGGAUUUGGCUAAAUGUGAAAAUCGCAGGUUACGGAUUUUCUUUGAUGAGUUUGCGAUCAAGUAUAAGGUGCCAGACAUUUUCGAAAAAAUGGAUUGUAAUUUGUAUCAAGCGAAUAAUCGAAGCUACGUCAACGUCGAGAUGAAACUGAAAAAGGAAGUUUCAGAUUUGAAUGUUCGCGCUAUAAUGGAGUUUUGGAAGCCAAAUGCCCAAAAUAAAAUGAAGUUGUACGACGUUCGAGUGGAUGGAUGUCUUAUACUCCGAACUAUUCACAAAAAUAAACUAUUCUACUUCUAUGUGAAGAGCUUUAAGAAACAUUCCAAUGUUGUUUUGUCGUGUCCCUUUAAAGCGAACUUUACCUACAAAAUGGAUGAUUGGUUUUUGGACGAAGAAGAGCUACCACCUUUUGCUCCUGUUGGCCAAUUCCGCACGGUCACCGAAUAUUUUACCCAACAACGAUUGAUAAUACGUGUUGUAGCACAUGGGGCAGUUUUGCCAAGAUCAUAAGCCUUUUAUUGAAAUGAAACAUUAAAAGACAAACGUUUUUUCAUCACAUAAAGAAAUAAAUAUUUUACUCAACCCACUUGAUACGUAAAAAAUGUUAUUAAAAAACCAUCACUUAUUUAUUAUGUUCAAAGCAUUAUACAAGAAUAUCAAUUAAGAUAGACUUGUUCGGAUGCAC